AUGGAGCGCCCACGGGGCCCGAGGAGGCCUCAGUCAGGGAGGAGAGCCAGGUCUCUGGACAGGUCACAGAACCCCAGGAAGGACUCUGAGUCGUGGGACUGCCAGUGCCUUUCGCUGUCCACCACCCCCUCCAGGAGGGCACUUCGCCGGGCGGUCAGCGACGGGCCCGGACGUCCGGAGAGCCCAGCUCAGGCUGCGGAGACUCAGGGCACCACGGCCGCAGCCCUCGGCCGGGAGGAGACCAAAGAGUUUCUCCCCACUGAGCAGAGGCCACUGCAGGACGCCAAGAAAGACAAGGCCCAGAGAGGGGCCCAGCAGGGGUGGCUGAAGACCCUGCUGAACUUCUUCCUGAGGACAGGCCCCGAGGAACCCAAAGAAAAGGCCAGCAGGAGGGCAAAGGGGAAGGAGGGCCUCUCGCAGCCUGCAGAAGCCCCUGAAGCACCGGGGGAGCCAGCUUCCAGGAAGAAAGCCCACGACAAGAAGGCCAGCCGCAAGAAACAUGGCCACAAGCAACGUGGCGGGGGCGAUUCUGCUCUCCACCAGGCCUUGCCCAUCGAAGGCGAGGGUGCUGGACUCUCAGAGGUGUUUGCCCACGUCACAGGUCACCAGCGGGAAGAGGAGCUCACAGAGCUUGACCAGGAUGCUACCAUCCAGAUGAUAGUGGAAUUUCUCAAAAAAGUGGGAGACCAGUGGGAAGAAGAGCAACUUCAAGCCCCUCCGCUAAAGGUAGCUCCACAAAAUCCAGCGCCGGCCUUCAGGAGGAAAUCUCAAGAGAAAAAGUCUGGCCUCAAGAGAAGCUUUUCUGUUAAGAAACAUGUCUCGGAGGAACCCAAGAGAGCAGGGGCUGUAGAUGUUUCCAGCCCGGAGUCCCGGCUGCCCAGGAGGCCCAGCUUUCUGCACCUGUGUGUUGGGGGCCAGCGGCCCUCCAGCUCCAGCAGCCUUGGCUUGGAAGAACCUGAAGUCCAGGAGGCCUUGUCUACAGAUGUCGCUGGUCCAAGCCCCUUCGAGCUUUCCACACCAGGCAGCUGGGCACCUGAAGAGGACUUGCAGCUGGACAGAGCCUCGGAAUCCCGAGAAUUCACCCAGAAGAUCAUUGCCCUACUCCAUCACGCAGAGGAGCAGGAGCGAGAGAAGCAACUUCAAGUCCAGGAGCCAGAGGCGGCUGUAGAAAACCUGGCCCCAGCCUGCAGAAAGAAAUCCCAAGAGAAAAAGUCCAACUUGCGAAGAUCACACAGAGCCUUUUCUAAGAAACACGGCUUCAAGGAGGCCAAGAGAGGGGGUGCUGCCAGUGCUACCAGCCCGGAGUCCCGGCCACUCAGGAGGCCCAGCUUUCAGCCCCUGUGUGUUGGGGGCCAACGGCCCCCGAUCUCCAGCAGCCUUGAUUUGGAGGCUCUCGAGUUCCAGGAGUCCUCGCCUGCAGAAGGGGGUCCCGUUGGAUCCUCAGAAGCACCCUCCCAGGCCAGAAGCCACAAGCCAGAAGGGGGACCUCAGCCGGAUGGAGCCUGUGAAUCCAAGGAGCUGAUCAUCCAGAAGCUGGUGGCUCUUCUCCAAGAAGCGGAUGGCCAGUUGGGGGAGCAGAUCAGGCGACACCCCGAAUUUAAGAGGUGUUUUUACAAGCUCUCAGACUCCUCCCUUAGAAAGCUGGUGGCCACCCUGAGCAGCCGGGAGGCCCACUCCACGGAGCCCCACAGGAACCUCGUCGAGAGAUCCUACCAGUUUGCCUUUGGCUUGGCCGACAAAUUUGCUGGCAACAAUAGCCACGCCGUCCUCAGCCUCGUGGGCCUACACUACAGCCGACACAGUUACCCCCAGUUCCCACACGGGGAGGCCCCUCAGAACAUCACAAGUCCUGAGAUUCAAAGUCCAGAUUGAAAGUUGUGCCUUGCACUCAAGUUCCUUUGAACUAGCCAAACAAUCAAUGGCUUUAUCCUGGAGACCCUGAAGAUGCUUCAUGAUAUCCUAAUCCAGAGCUUCACAGACGUGACAGAAGACAAGAGUGGACAGCCAUUCUGCGCCCAUGCACUGCUGUGGGCUUGUUAAGCCAAUGCACAGAGCAUCCUUCCAUGAAACUGGAGGCAGAGGCCUUGUUGGGAGAAAUAAGCACUGGACUGGGAGUCAGGGCUCCACUUGCUGAUCUGCCCAAACUUGCUGCUAGAACCUGUGCAUGUCCCCUCUCCUCUCUGGAGCUUGGAUUCUGGACUGGAUUAGCGACCAAUCGGAUCCCUUCCGGCUCUAUCAUGCUGAAAUCUCUCUGAAGAGAGGUAGUCAGUGCUUUUACUCUGUGACUAAAUAGACCCACCCUGCUGAGCUGGAGGCAAUCUUUAAGUCCUCAUUGAAUGAAUAAAUUAGGGAGAGAACUCCUAA